CGGCGGCCGACGAGUGACCACGUGUACAAAGCGUUUUUCUAGCACACGCUCGUGAGAGAAAAGCGACAGUCAUCCCCGGUGAUUCGUCUUCGUCGUGUGUUGUAGCCCGAUCGGUCCUCCUCCGCCGCUUCGUAAUUCAUUGACGUGAUUACCAAAUGAUCGUCAGUCAUGAUCUUCACUAAGACGCGGUACCUUCUGUCAUGCACACUGUUAUUAUGCACCUUUGCGGUCUUGACACGCGCCAGGUCGUGGGACUUAGCCGUGGUGAUCGGCAACGAAAUCGACUUUUUCGGACGAAAUAGCACUCUGACGGGUCACGCCAACGUCGGAGACGCUAUCUCGUUGGCCGGAGUAACAUACGACGAUACUACUAAAACGAUGUAUUUGUCCGAUGUAGACAAUAAAGACGUGGCUAUAUUCAGCAUCGAUCUUACGGAGAAGGAGAACUUCACAAUGACAUCCUUGUUGAAAAAAGAGGACGGAAUGCACAUAAUGGGAAUCGUGUUCGACAAGGAGUCACGCACCUUGUUUUGGGCCGAUGCUUUGAACGAGACUAUUGCGAAGAUGCACGUGUCGCAGAGCGGUGAACCGAGCAGUCCCGUCGUUCUGCACAAUCUCGCCGGAAACAGUCCACGUGGCGUCGCCCUCGACGUGUGUAACAGUCACAUAUAUUGGGUAAACACGAAGAAGGCCAGUAUUGAGCGUUCCAAUCUCGACGGAAGCGAUCGAAUAAUCGUUAUUAAGGAAAGACUGUAUAAGCCACUGGCGGUUACGAUUGAUCAAGCGGAACAGAAGAUGUACUGGAUCGACGACGUCGAGGGGAUACACUUCAAGAUCGAGCGAAGCAACUUGGACGGCGGCGAGCGGGAGUUGCUAAUUCACGGCACGCAUCAGCAGCCGGUCUACCUGGCGGUUGAUGACGAAUUGGUGUAUUGGUCCGACUGGGUGCACAGCGCGGUCUGGAGUCUGCCAAAGAACGCGACGGUCGGCGAGCCGAAGGAGUUCAAGUCGUACUACAUGUCCAGAAGAACCGCUGAUCCAAGCGGAAUCGUGACGCGCGACAAUAUAGGCACUAUCGAUUGCGCGGCAAUUUUGUCAAAGAUGAACAAGAUGAAAAGUCUAUCGGCUUCACAAGUGACGACAAGAAACAAUCAGUCGUUCAAUAGUCUGAUCACCAGCACGGAGGAUUCGGAUUUGACCACCGAGAGCUCCAAAUACUGCCUAAACAACGGCCAUCUGAACAAAACAGACGGCAAGUGCCGAUGCAAAUCAGGAUUCGUCGGAUCCUUUUGCGAAGUUUCUCUCUGUCACAAUUACUGCCUUCGUGGUAAAUGUUUUAUAAAUCAUCGCGAACAUCCCGAGUGCCUGUGUUCGGGUUCGUUCAGCGGCGCCCGUUGCGAAAAGGACGUUUGCGACGGAUAUUGCCUUCACGACGGCAAGUGUUCCAUCGAGAAGGGAAAGCCGCAGUGCAGUUGUAAAUACUCCAAAGGGACUCGAUGCGAGGAGCCGAACGAUAUCGCGACGAUCUGCGCGAUAUACUGCGCGAGCGAUCGCGAAACAAUGCCCAGCGUGACGUCCUGCAGGUGUACAGAUGCCAAUCGCACAGCUGAGAGAAUCACUCUUAGCGAUAGUUUCCAAGCCAGUACUCUGCUGUCGAUAUUCCUAGCUCUCAUUGCUCUGCUACUUCUAAUAAUCGCCGGACUUGGUUAUUACGUGAGUGUGUUACGGAGACGACGUGUUAAGAAGCGCUUCGUGGUAGGAAAGGGCGUGACGCCGCUCACAUCUAGGCCGCAGUUAUCGGAUCAGUGCGAAAUCACCAUAGAGAAUUGCUGCAACAUGAAUAUUUGCGAAACUCCGUGUUUCGAACCGAAAUUACGAAAUGCCGGGAUGUCAAGAAGCAAUAGUACAAAAAAGGAAGAGAAGAAUUCCUUGUUGGAUAACAUGGAGGGUAAUUCGUGCUAGCACAGACUAUUCUCGUCUCGUCGUAUGAAAUGGCGAAAAUUUGACGGGAAACUCCGCACGAGCUCUCGAGGAUCAGAUUCGCGGGUUUGUUCCUGUACGACUGUACAUACUUCGGCAGCGAAUAGUAUUGUUGUUAAGUUUGGAAGUGUCCGCGUUUUACACGGGGAUGCGCGCGGACGACGUGUCGACGACGCUUCGUUUCUGGAAAAGGAAGCCAAAGGUCUUUUUAGAAAGUCCUAUUUCUUAGUACGUCAUGUAUAAAAGAAAAAAAACACGUUAGGGCUGUGUCUUAAAACCAUUUCUUUCGCGCGUUAGUAGCCGUUAAUUAAAUUAAAUUAAAUUAAAAUUUAUCUUCCUCCCUUCCCUUUUUAACUUUGCUUUAAACGCUUUUGUUUUCAGAAGGAGAACAAAAAAAAAAUGCGAACUGUUAUAUUUUUCACGUUUCUUCGAAUCUAUCGUCAAACGCGAUCCCUCUCGCUCGUGGAGUACGCACAAAAUAAAACGUUGGAAAUUUUAAACGUGCGACGUGUGUAAAACGAAUUUUAAAUUUUUAGAUAAAAAAACGAAAUGCGUCACGUAUGUAUAUGUGACGGAAAGUGCGGAAGUUUACGAGAUUAUAUACUGCCAAGUGAAAAUGAGAAAAGAAGAUGUUGUCGCGUGUACACUUCUUGCUGACAUCGAUGAUGCGUUCGAAUCGAACAAGCGAAAGGGAACGUGUGCGUGCGCGUGCGUGCGUGUGUGCGUGCGUGUAUGUAUGUGAGUGAGUGAGUGAGUGAGUGUGUACGAAAGUUUUCCAUAAUCUAUCGAUAAAUAGCUGCCAAAACACGGGCUCUCUGAUAUACGGAAAAAAAGUUGCCUCACUUCGAGACAAGAGACUUCCUUAUAUUUCCAAUAAAUGUUAUUCUGUUCAAAUAAUUUAAGUAACAAUCGAAGGAAACUCGCGUGCUGAAGAGAAAUUCUACAGAGAGAGAGAGAGAGAGAAAGAAAGAUAGAGAGUCUAAACGAAAAUUAGCAGAGUCGCAAAAAGAGUGUGCGAAAGUUGCCUUAAGCGGUAAUUCUAAUCGUUGCUCAAAGUACCAAUGAGUACAUUCCUAAGGAAAGAUUAGAUUGCGAUUACGCAGAAGUAAAUAGUUCUCUUUAAAUAACAAAUGUUUCUUUCGACUGAGCUAUCCGUCAACGGGCCUUUACGAUACGUUUAUGCGAAUGAAACUCAUUCGACGUGUGACUCCGUCUUGUAAACUCAUAUACACUUUGACCUCAUCGCCACUCGCUUUUCACAAAAUUCACGCGAAGAUCCAUUUGUACUUCGCGCUUUUAAUUAUAAUUUUUAAUUAACACAUUUUUUUUUAUCCCUCACUCACAGCUGUUGUCGUGAUUAUAUCUCGUUGUCGAUCUUUUUUUUUUUGAUUAUAUACAUAUAUAUAUAUACUACGAAUAUACAAUGUAUAGAGUGCGUAUUACACGCAUAUUACACGUUUUCGUGCGAAAUUACGCGCGAAAAAAAAAAUGAAAAUUCAAACUGGAUCGUGCUUUCGUCCAUUCGAGAUAUACGUAUUCCCGUAAUGCGAAAAAAAAAAAAAACAAAUCUUUACACCGCUGUGUACAUUGAACACUAAAGUCUUCAUGUAAUUCGGAAGGAGAUCGCGCUGUCGUUAAUGUAAGUUCGCAAAUAGAUGUAUAGCGUAAAUUUGUAAACGGAUGUACAUGUUUUAGGCGACUAAAUAUCACAGUGCAAAACGCGCAUGCAUAUCGUAUAUGUAUGUUGCGCUCUGUGAGGUGUACAAUAUAUAAUAGAGAUAUCACAGAGGAGAAUGUUAUCACAGAUUAUAUAACGGAUACGCGAACGAUCCUCGCUGUCGUCGUUAGAGUAAAUGUCAAAAUUCAAUCCGGGCGCGCGUUGUAACGCGAUUUUCGUCGCGCGCGCGCGCGCGCGCGAGCGCGAUUGUUCAAUUACAAAAAAUGGAAACUCCACACACGGUCUGUAAUACGAUCGUGCGUGCACGGUCGCGCGGCAAUAGAAAAAGCGCCGCCGUAGUCGCGGUGACAAAAAAUCGCAAAGCGCGCGCGCUUGACCUCUCAGUGACAAAUUUAUUUAUUAUUAUUAAUGUUGCGCGAAACUUCGGAAUUCUUUGUUUAUUUAAUUUUAAGAGGAUCGUCGAUUUUUAUACAUUUUAAGAAAAUCCGCAGCUUUCAUCGUUGAACUAUGCUCUUGUUUUUUUUUUUUUAAAUUUAUUUCUUUAAAACAGCCGCGAAAAUUAUUCAUUCUCGUUCGAUGUGCGCGAAGCCAAUUACUUAAGUCUUCGUUAUUUUGUUUUCUUUAAACUUCUAAUUUUAUUCUAUCGCGAAAGCGAAGUUUUUCGCCAAUUUCGUUUCCCAUCGUAUUGACUCACGAUGGCUGAUGUGCACGCGCGAGGUAACGUGCGAGGUGUUAACCGAUUCUUGCUUGGCUUUUUUUUAUGAAAAAAUAGUCGCAAAUUUUAUUUCUUUCCUUUUACGUUUUCCUUGAUCGAGAACACCGAUGUUGCAAUUAACAGUAACUUAAACAUGUGUAAGUUUUACGUACACCAAAGUUGUUUUUAGUAGUGCAGUAGUAGUAAUAUAGAGCGCGAAAAAAAAAACACAGAAGUACAUAUUAAAUCAUUGGUUUGCCAAGAAUUAUUGCAACGAUUACGUAGAACGACAUUGAGUUUGAUUAUGUAGGAUUAUGACGUGCACUUUGUUGUUAUAAAAACUCCGACUUUAGUUCUAGAAAACUCAAUUAAUCUCUAAUCGCUGAUUAGAAUCGCAUCGAACCAAUGAUCGCCAUGUUGUUCAUUAAUUAAUAGAGUUUAUGUUUUUCUUUGCAAUGCGGAAUAAUGUUCCUGUCGUCGUGACGAAAAAAAAAAA